AUGCAGAGUUAUCUAACAUUCCUGUUCGUAAUGAGAAAUAAAAAAUUCUACAACAAAUAUUUCUGUACUCAAGUCAGUUUAGAAGAGAAAUUUACUCGAGAUAUGAAAUCGUUUUAUGACUUAAAAAUGACGGUAGCGUUUAAAACAAAAUCUCUCAAGACAAAAGUGGACAUUAUGAAGAAAAAAGCAAACUUUUCUGCUGAAUUUUCACUAAAUUUUGUGGAUGAUAUUUGGAAUGCUAAUCAGUAA